ACACAAUGGUUUUGACUUUCGGUAGAGACAGAUAUAACUAGGCUAUGCACAUCAAAGCAAAAGCUCUUCUCUUGUAUCAUAAAACAAACACAUACACACCCUCCCCGAGGGUUUUAUCUGAAUUGCAGAGAGAGAGGGGAUGCCGCUAAUCUUAGCGAGGCGGCGCUGCGCUUCGUCGCCAUGGAUCAUAAUUCUGUGGGUACUUGUUGUUUUUGCUUUUCCGCUCGUACUCUUCAAGUACCUAUUUCGUUUCCAUUCGCCCUAUUUCUUCAUCGCAUACGCAUCACUAUUUUUAGUGGUGACAUAUGUGGCCUUCAGCGAAAAGGCGGCGGCGCAGCCAGCGCGAGGGGAGUGGGCGUCGCCAACACCAGCAGCGUCGGGGCAGACGGUCGACGUGGAUAUGCCGGUGUUCGAUUACAGGCGAUGUAAAGACGAGGUACAAGACGGCAGUGCCGCGCAGUGCAUAAUUUGCCUCUCUAAAUAUGACGAGGCCGAGCAACCGGCGUUGUCGUUGCCAUCGUGUCGACAUAAUUUCCACGUGGAGUGCAUUCGUAAGUGGCUGCGCAGCCAUGGCAGAUGCCCGAUUUGCAGCGCCGCCCCUUUUCCCUCGCACGCCGCUCCUCCCGCCAGAUUAGAUGUUGUGCGCGUCUCCGUUUUAGUUGACCCUCUCCGCUAAAGUGUUUUAACCGCAGGGGAAGACGGUAAUUCUUUUUAUUUUAUCGCGCUGUCAAAUUGUUUUGUCGUUUCCGAGUAACUGUUUUGCCUAGAAUAUUCUUAAGCGUUAGUUAUUGCUUAUAUAAUUUUUUAUAUAUUUGUUCAUCAAAAGAUAAACGAGGUUCGGUCCGGAUUUGAUGGGUGUUUGUUCUUUGCGUUUGUAAUCGGCCGAGUCCUUUGAUACCACAAUGUAAUGUAAUGGUGAAAUUGCAUAGACAUGUCAAUUUCACCAUUUUAGUCCUGUCCCCAUUUUUAUAGAAUGUUUAUUGGACUUA